CUCACAACGUGCUUUAUCUUGAAUCUCUGAUCACAGAAACAGUGUUGAUUCUGCUAUAGUAUCCAAUCUUUGUCAUCGAACAAUAUGGCAAUUCCAGUGACAAUUCCAAUGGCAGUCCCAGAAGACCAUCUAAAUCUGCCCAACACGUUAAAUGGAUCGCACGUUCAAAUGUUUGAUUACAAUGCAGUUGAUCAAAGUAUCCAGAAAAUGGAACUAGGUAUGAUCCAGACUAUAGGAACAACAACAGGCAUAUUCAACAAACAACUCGCUUCAAAUACGAGUGAUCCAGCUGGACUCGCUUCACAAACAAGUGGUGGAGUUGAAAAGCCGAAGCGUGUGCGCCGCAAGUUCAAAGACAUAGAUCGCAGUGUCCAGUGUGAUGUUCCUGGAUGUGGAAGGUUCUACACCAACAACUCGUGCAUGCGUACACAUAAGAAGCGCAAGCACAACGGAAUGCCUCAGACUCCCAGAAAGAAAAAGGCGGUCGUACAUCGUCCUCGGGCAAUUAGUAUUCGCACAAAUAAACCAGAAGGAAUUCCAGCGGCUACGAGCAGUCCACUGGUAAACGGAACUCAGAUAGGGGCAGGAAUCGGCGCUAGAAUGGCUAGUACUCAACAGACAGCUACUUCAGCGCGUGGUAGUAUGUGUGUGGGUGAAGGUGUAAAAUCCUCUCAAAGUGAAGCACCGGAUGUUAAUUUUGAUAUCGGAUCGCCGAGCUUCGAGAAUUUUGUUCGCCACUUAGGACUUCAGAAUGAUCCACUGGAGAUGCAGUCUCAAUAUCUAGCGCUGUCAUAUCUUAGGAAUAUGCUGCCUUCUAAUUUGCAACAGACGUCAUUGUUCAACCAACAGGCAUCAGGAUACGUUAAUGGAUUCCCGCCGAUUGUAUCACCGGGUAGUCAUUCAUUGAACACUGACUUCACGACCAUGAUGUCGAGUUUUUCGAGUACGCAACCGAUGCCUAUUCAGCCGAUUCAAUUCCCGGGCUUAGUGAAUUCCGGGCAGCAGGAGGUAUCAUCAGGUCGUCAAAGCAAUGUAUCAAUCGGAUCACAGGGGCUUAUGGCGGCACCAUCCACAGAUCAAAAUCCGAGCCCUAAUGGGGUCGCACAACUCGAGUCUAACAUUAAUGCUGACAUAGCAGAAUUGAACUGCGUUUCGAGAUAUGCGAGUACGGUUGAAUCGCCCCUCAACCUGAGUCAUAUGAGUUUGUACCAGCAACAUAUUGCUCAAAACAGCUUGAACGAACCGCUGUGGUUGAAUAAUUACACACAACAGACCGGGACCCAGAACGUUGGCCACCUGCAAGGUCAGAGCGCUAUGCAGCAGGCAAAGCUCGGUGAGGCAGAGUCUAUUAACUGGCUGUACACUCAAAUAGGUCAGCACACACCACUAUCGGCAGGCCAGCCGUGAAGAAAGAGCUCAAAAUUCUCCGACUUUAUCUUGAAGGAAUACAAUCAGCCGUAGUCGCCGAUGUGUCCAGAAAUCCAGGUUGUUGAAAAACGGGCUUUCGGACGAGUACAAGGAAAUACCAAUGGGAUUGUAUCCGUGGGAUUUUUGGCUGUCAAAUCAGAAUAGCAGACUGGCAUGACAGCAGAUAUGUAAAGACAUACAACCUGGUCGCGCAGGAUGUGGACAAAGGUUGUGUGCUAUACUGUCGAUAGAACUGUUACACCAGUCGGAUUAUACAGAAUCUGAAUACGUGAACAGAAUCGACAUCGCGAACGUACGCGAAAAGCCAGAACAUCUGACCGUCGUUGUACGGAAUCUCAGAUCAUAGGCGUGCCAAUUAUCAAACACCGAGAGUGAACCUAACGUGUUCGCAAGUAGCUCAGGUAGCACGCGAUCUGCAUAGUAGUACUAUUUCAUAUUUCAGGUCGCUUAAGUAUCAGGUGUCUCGCCCAAGGCUUCCUGCUCUGCGUCGACUUUGAACUUAUUGAUGCGCGCUUGACGCCGCCUCUCUGUCUGCAAGAACAGACAUUUUGAAAGACAGAAUUUUAAAAUAGGGACUAAACCAAAGAUAAUAAAAACAAGAG